CUGCAGGGCAGCGGCUGGGGCUGGCUGGCAUACCACCCCGAGGCCAAGACACUGGUCAUCACCACCACGCCCAACCAGGACCCGCUGCAGCCCACCACCGGCCUGGUGCCGCUGCUGGGAGUGGACGUCUGGGAGCACGCCUACUACCUGCAAUACAAGAACGCCCGCCCCGAUUACCUCAAGGAGAUCUGGAGGAUUGUGAACUGGCGCGACGUGGGCCGGCGCUAUGAAGAUGCCACCGGUGCU